AUGGAUUUUGCUAUGGGUUUUCCUCGAUCAAGGCAAGGGCACGAUGCCAUUUGGGUGAUUGUGGAUCAAUUGACGAAGUCCGCUCAUUUUCUUCUGAUCAGGCAGACCGAUCCAGUGGAUCGAUUGGCACAAGUAUAUGUGAAAGAGAUUGUCAGAUUAUACGAUUUUGGAGGAAGCUGGGAAGAUCACAUUCCUCUGAUAGAGUUUGCUUACAAUAACAGUUUUCAGUCCAGUAUUGGUAUGGCACCUUAUGAAGCUCUGUAUGGCCGGAAGUGUCGAACUCCUUUGACUCUAACUGAGGUUGGAGUUAGACAGGAGAUGAGUACUACUUUUGUAGAUGAAACUGUUAAGAAAGUCAAUUUGAUUAAAGAAAGGUUGAAAGCUACACAAGAUCUUUAUGAAGCUCUGUAUGGCCGGAAGUGUCGAACUCCUUUGACUCUAACUGAGGUUGGAGUUAGACAGGAGAUGAGUACUACUUUUGUAGAUGAAACUGUUAAGAAAGUCAAUUUGAUUAAAGAAAGGUUGAAAGCUACACAAGAUCGACAUCAGAAAUAUUACAAUCAGAAGCACAGGUUCGUUAAAUUUCAAGUUGCUGAUUUUGUGUAUGUCAAAGACAAUCCGAUGAAGGGUGUGAGCAGAUUUGGCAGAAUGUCCGAUGUUCAUAAUGUGUUCCACGUAUCUACUUUGAGAAAGUGGAUAUCUGACUCUGGAAAGAAAGUGUCUGCUGAUGAGGUUGAGAUUCAGGAGAAUCUGAGUUAUAAAGAAGAACCCGAGUUGAUUCUAGCUUACGAUGUUCGUUCUGGGAAGGGGAAAGAAGUCCAGGAGUAG